CCCCCACCCACCCACCCGCACCCCCCAUGUGAUCGCAUCAAACGUUUCUAAGUGUUGAGCUUCAGGGAAGCCCUGGAGUUGUUGGUUACAUCUCUGCUCGCCUCUAUAAAGCGAGGCGCGCGGAGCAGCCUCGGCACGACGGUUCACGGUGAGCGAGACGGAGCGACGCACCAGCAGCGAAUGGGAAGCCGCUCAAACGUUAAUUUUAUUUCAGCUGCCAAUUACUUGGGCAUGCCCUUUUUUUCUCACGAUGCUGACCACAGGUUCAUGGAAAGGCAAUCUGAAGUGGGAAUUGCAGCACCGCUCCUAAGAUCGAGGCACUCGAGAAGAACGGACAUACAAGAGACGCUCUUUGCUGGAGGAGGAGGAGAGGUGUAGGAAGGAAGACGAUGAGGAGGAGAGAAGGAGGAGGAGGAACCAUGUGGUUGGUCAGCAUCUUGUUGUAUCUCCUGGUGACACUACGAGGCCAUGGGGCCACGUUUAGGCCCCGAGAAGACAGCUUCGUCACCGUGCCUGCACUGGACUCCUCCGGCUGCUUGAUUACGGCGCGUCACGCCUCCUGCCGGCACCAGGGCCUCUCCGCCGUGCCCUCCUCGCUGCCCGGCGACACGCUCCAGCUGGACGUGUCCGACAACACCAUCGCGUCGCUCUCCGCCGGCCCGCUGGGCCGCUACGCCUCUCUGGUCGUGCUCACGGCACGGAGGAACGGCCUCGACGCCGUGGCCGACGACUCCUUCUCAGGCCUCCGGGACUUGGAGCGGCUGGACCUGUCGGAGAACCGGCUGGGCGCGCGGGCGGACGGCGGCGUCGCCGCUCGGUCGCUGGCGCGGGCGCUGUCGUGGCCGCCCGGCCUGCUGCACCUCGACCUGUCGCGCAACGGCCUGCGGGACGCGGCCCUCGAGGGCCUCCUGGCCGAGCUCAACAGCUCGUCGCUGGCGUCGCUGUCGCUCGCAGGGAACUCGCUGCGGUCGCUGGCGCCGCGCGCCUUCGCGUCGCUGCCCUCGCUGGCGCACCUCGACCUGGAGUUCAACGCCAUCCACAGCGUCGCACCCGGGGCGUUCGGCUCGGGCCUCUCGCGCCUUGAGAGCCUCUCGCUCGCCUACAACUCGCUGGUGUGCAUCUCGGCCUUCGGCCUGCCCGGCCUGCGCCGCCUCAACCUGAGCAGCAACGCCAUCGAGCACUUCGACAGCGACGACUCGCUGGGCCCCUACCGCCUCGAGUCGCUCGACCUGAGCCACAACAGGCUGCUCACCUUCCCGCGCCUGCCCAGGGACAACGUGUUGCUGCACCUCGACGCCUCGCACAACCGCAUCGCGUUCCACUCACCCGCCGAGGCUCUUGAGUUCCGCUUGGAGGUCGACGGCGAUGGCGGCGGCGACCCGCCCCGCGACAUUCUGGCCGGGCGUUUCCUCGACGUGUCCGACGACGACCUGUCCGGCUCGACGUUCGUCAGCCUCGCCAGCCUGCGGACGCUCGACCUCAGCCACAACGCCGUGGCGCGCCUGCCCCACCGCCUGCUGGCCUCCACGCCCGCCCUGACCGCUCUCGGCCUGAGCAACAACUGCCUGCGGGACCUCGACGAGGUCUUCAACUGCACGCUGCGCCGCCUGGAGACGCUCGACCUGAGCCACAACUCUCUGGAGUCGCUGGGCGGGCGGCGGUCCGACACCAACGCGGCGAGGAGGGCCUCCCCGUGGCCCCUGUGGGCGAGCAUGGGGCCCUCGCUGCGGCGGCUCAGCCUGCGGGACAACGAGCUCACCCGCCUGCCGCCCUCCUUCUUCCAGGAGCUGCGGGCGGUCGAGGAGCUCGACCUGAGCCAGAACGCCGUGACGGCCGUGUGCGGGGCCGGGCCGGCCGGCAAUCGCUCCGGGGGGGGCGGCAGGAGCCGGAGCGGCGGGAGCCGGAGCGGUCGCAGGAAGCGGCACACCGGCGGCGGUGGUGGCAGUGGUGGUAGCAGCGGCGGUGGCGGUAGAUUCGGCCACGGCAGGAGAAGCGAGGAUUGCGUCCGAUUCACGGGCGCCGCCUCUUUGCGGCACUUGGAUCUCAGCGAGUGCCGGCUCCGAGCGAUCGGAGCCGGCGCGUUCCAAGGCACGGUGCUGACGCACCUCAACCUGUCAUCGAACCCGGACAUGGGAGCCCCGGACGCGCCGUCGGGCGCCGGCCUGCCGGGGACGCUCCUGCGGGGCCUGGAGCACACGCUAGAGGUGCUGGACCUGGGCGGCUCCGCGCUGUGGCGCUGGUGGCACGCCGUCGACUUCCCGUCGCUGCGCAAGCUGCGGCGGCUCGACGCGCCCGCCAACAACCUGAGCGCCGUGCCGCCCGGCGUCUUCGCCACGGCCUGCCAGAGGCUCGACGUGCGGGACAACGCGCUGGCGCUCCUGCCGGUGGACGGGCUGGCCGCUCUGUCGGCCACCCUGCUCGCGCUGCACGUGAGCGGCAACCCGUUCGACUGCUGCGCCGUCGACGGCUGGCUCGGGGCGCUGGACGCGUCGCGCGUCGACGUUGCGGACCGCGGCGACGCCACGUGCGUCGCUAGGCCCCCGCCGAUGGACUCACGGAUCGACGGCGCGGCGGCGGCGGCGGCGGCACCGUCCAUCGUCCCCCUCCUCAACGCCACCGCCCAGGGGUGCCCCCCGUGGAGCGUGGUGGAGGUGGAGGAAGCCGGCCGGAGCCCCGUGGCCACGCUGGUGAUCGUGUCGACGAUCGUCGUCACGGUGCUGGGCUUCGGAGUGCUGCUGCUGGUCAAGCCCAACUUGAUGCCUUUCUUGUAGCGUCGGUCGGCGAGGCUGCCAUCUCGCCGCGCGAUCCAGCCGGGCCGGCCGUGGGGGAUUCCACACUCGCACGUUGGGGAGCGUGCCGCUGUCCCUAAGACGUCGGGCCGCGGAUUUUCAGCCCGGUUGGUGAAGGCACCAUCGGCAGGGCCGCCCAUCCGGUGAUGGCGACACGACAGCGCCGAACAGCUGCCAAUACAAGAAGUGGUGGAGACUUUAAAUGGCACAAUCGUCGUCGUCCAGUGAAACGAGAACUAUUCUGCAAUGAGAUUUCACACCACCGUAGCGUGGGCACCCAUCUCUGUUGGUAGCCCUGGUGGGAAAUUCCACAUUCCCAUGGCAGAGGCCAGUCUCAUUCGUUGGACACCCGCUGUUGACCGACCAAGUUGUGGCUUCAAAGCCAUGAACCACGCGUGUGUAUUUAAUAUUUGUACAUACGGUGUGCGCGCUCGCCUCUGUAGGCCAAAGCUCAAGACUACGAGGGCAUGGAGAAAUAACUCCAAUGACACUAAUUAAUUCAUGUAAGCUUUUUAUAAAAUAUUUCCACAUGUGCAUGUAAUUUAAGAAUGCUUUGUAAUAAUGUGACGCCCGUUGGCAACCCUACUGUUGGAUUAGAUCCUCCCCCUCAAGCUGUGGUGGAGGUUGUUUGACCAUACUUCACCUUCGUGACGCACAGGAGCAGGAAUUCCCAAAGGACAGUUAGCUUGCCAUGGGCUGGGAACUCUGGUGGGUGGCUUCAGGUUCGUUAGCUACCACGCACUUGCUCCACCAUGCCUCCCCAAUACGUAUACAGUAUUAAGAGAAAAAGAUGGGCAAUUAAUGGUUAGGGUUAGCGAUCGGUAAUUGCUGAAAUGUAUUUAUUAUAAUAAUUUACUCCUUAAUUCUGGCCACAAAUGUCUACUCAUGCAUUUGUUUUUGUUGUAUCACAGAGGAAGCUGUUAACUUCACAGUUCCGACAUUGUGUUGUUGCAUUAACUGCCUGCGUGCACGCGCGGCUGUCGUGUGUUCAAUCACUCACCUAAGCCAACUGACGGCCAUCGUCAUCGUCAUCACUACCAUCAACCAGUGUCUAUCCACUGCUGGCUCGCCGUCGACCCGUGACACUACUGCCCAUCUCGCUCCCGCAAAAAAAUUCGGGCAUCUCGUCACUCCAUCUCCGUGGCGGGAACGCACGUCCCAUCCCUCUUCGCUGCUUUGCUCUACAGUCGAACCCCUCUUGACGACCAGCCCUACUAACGACGAAUCACUUCACGACGGGCCUCCAUAGACCCCAAUGUAUACUCUUUGGCUCUUUCGGUAAAGUCACGUGGGUAUAAAAUAAAAUAAAUCACAACGUUACGAUCGCAACACAAGAUGGUCGUCCUCGGGCGGAAAAAAUAUAUUAUGUUUUAUUUUCUACCCACGUGACUUUACCGAAAGAACCAAAGAGUAUGGAUUCCUGCAGUUACAAAAGCUUCAAAUCAAGAUCGAACCCAAUGUGUUCACUUAUCGACCAUUCCCCUGUUAACGACAGGCAGUUUUAGGUACAGUGCAUAUUAAUUCAUGCAUUGGUUAACCAUGUUUAUUUAAUAGUAUGUGUUUAUAAUGUUGUUAGUGUCUUUAUGUAUUAAUAUCCAUUGUUUAAAUAUUAUAAAGUACCUUUUUUUGGGUGAAAAAGGGUAAUGUUCGAUGCUGUCGGAACGAAUCAAGCCGACGACGUCUCUGUCCGAUACUCGCUUAACGACCAAAUCACUUAAGGACCAGUUUCGUGGAACCAAGUAGCGUCGUUCAGAGGGGUUCCACUGCAGAUCCCUUCACGAGACUCAUCCAUCCAUCCGCCUCCCAUCGCUUGUUUGUUUUGUAGCCGCGACGUCCCCUGGACCCCGAGCAUACUCUGGCCGUCCGAGGCAGUCAGCAUAACGAAGGCUUUGAUUUGUUUAACAGGCAGUAGUAGUAGUAGCACGAGGAGGCUUUCGCGAUCAAUAUUGUCCAUCGUAGAGGUUUUUUGGGUGAGAUCGCGUAAAUAUAAAUGUGUCGUUAAACCCGCCACCACCCGACACGGUCAAUUUACGCGCUAUAACCCGAAAGAACACCGCUAUUAUGGGUGAUAUUGGUCGCGAAAUCCUGUGAUGGAGUAAGGUUUGUCGCAUAAGCAAAACGUGCCAAUCCCUUACUAGUAGAGCACGUCGGCUGUGUGUUGGGGAGUAAACCCGCAAUUGUGAUGUCGUGGGUUUACUCUCCAACACACCGGUGUGCUGAAGCAGUAACAAAUUGGGAUUCUAUUCCAUUUUGGAUUCAUAAGGCGCCUUUCGUCAAGGCGCUUGACAACGCUUGCCAACCACGGUAGAAAAAAAUGGCAAAAAUAAGUGAAGGAUGGGUGGGGUAAGUACGGCCGUCAGUAAUCGGGGUUGGAAAAGGAAUGAGAUGUCGUGACAGAGGAAGGAGGCGAUGGAGCACGUUUUGAUUUUACGUGACAAACCUCACUAAUUGGCGUGUUCGACGGCACGCAUUCAUAUUCGCGAGAUCUGACCCAGGAAGAACAGCUCUAUUGAGACAUUAAUUUGUGAUAAUUGGUUUUUUACCCUCUUAUCUGGCAACAAAACUGACACCUUUUUUUACGAGGAGUCAUGGUUGCAUAGACCACAAUACCUGCAGUCAUAAUGCAAACUAAAAACAUAACUCUGAUAAUGUAUGCACUGUCCUUGAAGUUGAUUGGUCCACACCCGAGACAGCUUUCCUUAGAGCCUAGUCUUGUUGCCAGAUAAGAAGGUAAAACACCAAUUAUCAUAUUUUUUACUGGCAAAUGAGGUACCAAUGGUGUAAACAUUCAUUUGUUUUUUGGCUUCCACCCGAAUCCACGUGGCAAUUUCCUCCUUUCUCCGGCAAAGCGCCAUCGCGAAGUUCGCGCAGCGAGCCCCAAGCGAGGUGAAGGCGGCGGUGUUGGAGCUUUAACUAAACAGUUUACAAUAGUGUUAGCGACGACGGCGCGCAGGUUGAAGGAACUCGUGAAUGUCUUCGGUUAGAAGAAGCUAACGCACCUCUUUGCGUGUUUGUAAUGUAUACGUGUGUCCGGCCGGAGAUCAUCUCCCAGGGAGAGCUUUCCACCGAUUUCAACUAGCGAUAUGUAGCAUACGCAAGCGAGGUCAAGGUGCUCCAACAGAAAUCCAUAUUCUUUGGAUCUUUCGGUAAAGUCACGUAGGUAGAAAUUAAGUAAAACAAAUCGACGCCGUUUCGAUCGCAACACAAGCAAUCUUCAUCAGCAUUGUCUCGCCGUGGGUGUCCCACCCGAUGAAGAUUGUUUGUGUUGCGAUCGAAACGUCGUGAUUUGUUUUACUUUAUUUUAUUUCUACCGACGUGACUUUACCGAAAAAACAAAACUGUUUGUUUCCAACAGCUUUAACAUGACACGUGCACCGUUUUGUUUUUAGAAGUCGUACAAACGUAUAGCUGCAACGUUGCCCAAGUCGAUUUUGUUUUUGCAAAGGUUACAUUUUUCCUCGCAGAUAUACAUUUUUAAACGUAGAGAUGCUAAAUUUUGCGUAACCGCAAUAUGAUUAUUGUAUCGUUAUGAUGAAGGACGCAAUCAUUGUCAUUGUUUUAUUGUGUAAUUUAAAUGCAUCAAGUUAUUGUCAUAAAAAC